CAGCGAAAAUGGUUCUCAUUGUUGCUCUUCUGGUCCUUUUUUGCUUUUUAACGGCUGUUCCUGCAGCUCUUGACCCAAAACUCACUGGAACCUGGGCGACAAAGUCGAGGAAGGUUGUCACCGGCCCUGCGUUUUACGAUCCUGCGGAAGAUAGAUUCCAGGAACCAGAAAACACAGGCAUCUCUUACUCUUUCACCGAAGAUGGAUACUUCGAAGAAGCGUAUUUCCGCGCCAUUCCUAACCCAACCAAGCCCUCAUGUGCCUCAGCGAUGAUGCAAUUUCAGCAUGGAAAGUACAGCGUGGAAUCCAACGGCUCACUCGUUUUGACUCCAUUCGCGGUCGACGGUCGUCAGCUAAUUUCGAGUCCGUGCAAGAGCGAGGGCUCGAUGUAUUUCCGAUUCAAUCAGACAGAGGUUUUCAAGCGAUACGAGGUGCUAACUGACCCCUUCCACAACGUCAAACGCCUCAAUCUUUACCAGUUUGACGGAACACCUAUGAACCCGAUGUUUCUGGUUUUCGAUCCGCCGCAAAUGCUUCCAACCGAAACCCUGAACCCAACAGCUCAAGCUGGUGCUACCGGUAGAAGUAAGGCUAAGCGGGGCCUGCCAUAUGGAGGCGGGAUGGCCAGUUCACGCAAUAAGCGUCCUUCUACGCAAGUGGGCGGACUCACAGAUCCCGAUAAAUGGUGGUGGGCUGGUGUUAUUAUGACCCUCGUUGGAGGCGUCGCGUUUCUUUACUCAGAAAGCCCAUGGAAAGAUUGGUAAACGACAUCAUCCUGGAUUUCUCGAUAAUUGGGCCUGCAUCUUGGUAUAGAUGGGCGUUUAGGGAAGCGGAAGGAGUUAUGGCAUGAUAUCCGGAAGGAAAUUUGGCUUGGGUGGACUGUCUGAUGUCCUGCGGUGUUUUGCGAAGCCAAUCUUGCUGGAAUAUAUCCUUCUAUUUUUCGAUUGUUUGGUGCUUCGAGACAAUUAAGGAAUCGAAUAUCUGCUCCUUGUGUUUACCUUUAUCAUAUUGUGUUGCCCUGUGGCAAAAUAAGGGACGUGAUUUCGUACCUCG